AUGGCCCUCCUGGACUACCUCUGCCUCCACCGCCACAUCCCUAUCUCAUACAAUGAGACCUUCAGCGAGCGCCUGCGCAACACGCCGGGCAUCCAUGUCGCGGGCGACACGGUGUCGCGCAUCGAGGAGCGCGGCUGGGGCGGCGGCGGCGCCGCGCGGCCGCCGCGGACGCUGCUGGUUGCGACCGGGCUGCACAGCUUCUUUGACACGCGGGUCGACCUGACCCUGGAGGUCAUCUCAUUCGCCCACUCCAUGCCCGACACUGCGGACGAGUUCGCGCCCCAGUUUCUUGGUUUCAUGCGGCGCAGCGUGAUCGAGGCACUGCAGCUUGGCGACCCGGCCUCCAAGCCCACGUGGCACGAGGGCUGCUUCGGUGCGGGGAGCGGCGCCCGCCGCGCGCGACGCGACACGUAG